AAAGCGAGUGAGACGUGUUUUGAUGAAUAUUUCGCGGUGUUUUUCGUUUACCGUUGUUGUCAUGGUGAGGAGGAAAUAUGGCGUCAGAUUCAAACAGACGCUGAGGAGUGUUUACAAUUACAACUACACGGAUUUAAACGUUUUAAUGUCGUUUCACUGUAAUAUUUCAACAAACACGGACACACGAGCAUAACAGGCCUAUUAACGAUCUCAGAACUGUAAGGACACGUUGAGCUCAUGCCCACUGAGCCGCCCGCCGUCCGUCCACGCCAUGGCAGUCGAGCCAAACGUAAAGACUCCAGCCACCCUGUUUCCACCCUGCGGGCGUCUCACCCGGCGUCUGUCACCCCGUCUGCACAGAACCCACAGGAGGAGAUCAACAGGCUCAGAGGCGUGAUUGAUGGGCUGCAGAGAGACAGACGGGUCGGUGAGAGAGAGACGGGUGAGGAUUUCACUCUUGCGGCUGAGCUGAGGUGGAAAAUCAACCAGCUGGAAAAGGACAAACUGGAUUUCACUUCCAAACACAAUGAAGAGGUGUCGCAGUAUGAGGCGCAGGUUGCCCGGUUACGGGCGCAGGUGGAGCGCGGAGAGGCGCAGCGGCAGACGCUGGAGUACGAUGUUGCCGUGGUGAAGAGAGACACAGCAGCGGAGAGGAGAAACGCAGAGGAGAAGAUGAAGGAGCUGAGGAAACACAAUCACAGGCUGGAUGUCCUCAGCUCAGAGCUGCGUCAGAGAGUGUCCGAUCUACAGAGAUCUUUAGAGAUAACGCAGAAGGCGCGUGAGGAUGACCUGCAGGGCCUCCAGACGGAGCUGCACGAGAGAGACCGUCUGCUGCUGAGCGCAAAUGCUGAGAACGACCAGCUGCAGGCCGAAAAGAGACAACUAGAGACACUGAUACAGGAACAGAACGACACACUACAUAAAAUGAAAUGUGAAAUGGAGAGAAUGAAGAGAGACGGAGAGAAAGAUGCAGAGAAACUGAAACACAAAUCAGCAGAGCUGAACCGCAGCGCAGAGAGAGAACAGAGACUACGCUCUGAUCUGGAGUCAGCUCUGCAGAAGGUGAAGGAUCUGGAGCAGAGCGUGGAGUCUGAACGCACCGCACAUCUGCAGUCUAAAUUCAGCUCUGAGGUCAUCCAGAUGAGGAUGAGAGAUCUGGAAGAUGCUCUGCAGGUGGAGAAGAAAGGUCACGCUGAGGUCACGGCCAGUCUAGAGCUCUGGAAGCAGAAGUUUGGGGAGGUGGAGCGGACGAACGCUCACGAGAGAGACAAGUCACAUGACAUGAGCCAGAAACUCACUCAGUUGGAGAAGGACUUCUUGACCAUGAAAACUGAUCUGAUUGGUCAGCUAGAUCAUGAGAAGGCUGCAUCUGCUGAGCUGAUUGGUCAGUUAGAGCAAGAAAGGGCGGAGUCAGUUAAGCUGUCAGUCAAACUGCAGGAGCAGGAGAAAGUGUGGACAGAGAGACAACAGGAACACAGCCAGGUGCAGGAGGCUCUUGUCUGUGCGCAGGAGUCAUAUGACAGUCUGCUGAGCCAUAUUGAUCAGGUGCUACAGCAGUAUCAGCAGCAGGGGGCGACACACACACACAACACAGGGGAAGGAUGUAAACACAAUGCAUCUGCUCUAAUGGACAUCUUGCGGCGAACGCUACAUUACUACAACACACAGUUGCAGGACUCUAUGAUCGUGAUGCAGAAGUUGAAUGACGAGGUCAGACAGAAGGAUGAAAUGAUCACUGAUCUCCAGAGGAACAUCCAGGAGUGUGAGGCUCGCGGUGUGUGUGUGAGUGAAGAGGUGAAGCGUCUGCGUGCGUGUGUCGCAGAUGCUGCAGCUGAACUGCGCAGACUCACACAGCAACACACACAAAUACACACACAGAUGAACACACUGCGACAGCAGCAUCACAAAGACUGCCAGGAGAAACUGGCAUUCCUGCACACGCUCUAUCAGCGUCUGAUUGCCGGGUGUGUGCUGGUGACGCCGCCGCACAGCAUGCUGGGUAGCUUCUCAUGGGCGGAGCUUAGUGCGUUGGUGCAGGAGCACGUGGACACGCUGACCUCUGACCUCUCCGCAGCCAAUCAGAAGGUGUCGUGUCUGGAGAGCGUGUGCGAGGGGAAAUCAACAGCACUGGAGAGUGUGAACGCACAGCUGAGACAGAGAGAGGAGAGCUGGGUCAAACAGAGAGAAGAUCUCAACACACACCACACACACCUCAACCACCAGCUGCAGCUGAAAAUACAGGAUCUCAGUAGGCAGCUGGAGCAGUCCGAGGGGCGUGUCCACUCUCUGGAGCGCACUCGGUCCGAGCAGGAACAGGAAGUGAUGCGUCUGUGGGCGGCGUGUGGUUUGCUAGCGGGGUGUGUGCGCGCGCUGCGGAGGCAGGUGUGUUUGCUGGAUUGGCAGAAGGCUGUGCUGCAGGAGCGCGUGAGUGACGCGGAUGCCUUGAAGAUGGAGGUCAGCAAGCUGCUGCACGCACUCGGCGAGGGCGGGGUCAAAGGUCACGGCAGGUUCCGGCGUUGUGCGAUCGCAGUGCUGGCAGCGGGGCGUCUGCGCGCUCUGGGACGGAGCUCCGCCGUGAUGUUCAGGGUGGCCGUGGGCUCUGGGCCGCAGGUGUGCGUGAGUGAGGUGAAGCUCAGAGAGGAAGAGGAGGAAGAAAACGGCAGCAGGGUGAUGAAGACACUCAGGUCCACUGCGCUGCUCCGGCUCGUGCACACGUGCAUGGAGGAAGUCCAGGGUGAAAUGAACAGAACCGAUGCAGCUGGUGUGAUGUCAGCGGCUCAGAGCGGGUGCAGGAAGUUGUUGGAGCGGCUGCUGUCAGACAUGGACUCUCAGUGCUGUUGGCAUUAUGGGAAGGACUCGUUGGCACGGCGACUGUGUGACGGACUCCACGCGCAGCACACUAAACACAGCUACUGCAACAGCAAGAUGAUGAUGGCAUCUCUUCAGAAGCACAUCCUGGAGUUCACGCAGCGUCUGCAUUCGGCGGAGGUCGAGCGGAGGAACCUGCGGCUGGAGCUCUCACACAUCAAGCGCACAAACACCGGCAGAGACACACACACUGCGUGUGCUCCCCUCCAGCAGUUCGAGCGAGUGUGUGAGGAACUCAGCAGUGCCCUACAGAGGGAGCAGCGCGCUCAGGCUCUGCUGCACGAUCAGGCCUCUCAGCUGCAGCAGCUGGGCCUCAGCAUGGAGCUGCACACGGGGGAAGAGCUGGAGAAGGACCGCACACUCGCACAGGCUGUGCAGAGUUUGUCAGAUGCUAAGAUGGAGUUGAGGAGGAAGGAUCAGUCGCUGCGCUCACUGGGAAAACAGCUCAGCCAAUCACAGCAGGAGAACAAACAGCUGCAGCAAAACAUCAUCAGCGCAGAGAACGCACUGUACACGGCGGCAAAGAACAGAGAGUCUCUGAUGAGCUACAUGAAGUCUGUGGAGAAAGAGAUAAACGUCAUUCUGUCCAAAAAAGCCCCAUCACAGGAGGAUUUCACCCUACAGCUCUCCAGAAUGAUCCUCAUACCCUCAGACUCACAAAGCAUCAUGGGAAACCCAGAGAGAGACGCAUGCCAGCGUUUGGUGAUGCGUUUCCUGGAGCUGAAUCAGCUGGUGUGCUCUAAAAUACCAUCCCAGGAGAGACGGAUCUCAUCAAUCGAGUCUCAUCUCACCACGCUGAAGGACGCCUGCCUGCGGGACAAACACCGCUAUGAACCGUUUUCGUCCUGUGAGCCGCCAGCAGAGGUGGAUUGUGGGACGUGUCUGUCAGACGCUGCGGUCGCACUGAAAGGUUCCUCCAGAAACACACUCUCAGAUCUCACGAGAGAGAGAAAACACUGACGAACUGAGCUCUGUUCACUCUUUAUAAUAUUUGACUUCUGUUUCCCUGUGGAUGAUGUUUAUUAGUCACUGUUUAUUAGUGUUAUUAAAUCUUCAGUGAUUUACUGA